AUGCGUAAGCAGGGUCACUAAAACUGCCUUUCCCACACAGCUCUGAGCGCAGAGCACACGACUGGAUCUGCCACCGGGAUGGAGACCCUCGGGAGCGGUCGGCUGUCGCACAGGCUCGUGCUGUGCUGUGCCUUUUGGGGACUCUGCCUGGCCUCUCCGGACUACGAUGAUUACUCUCAGAACAGCACCAAUGAGCAGGUAACCACACCAGAGAUCACGCCGUGUCCCCGAGCCAUCCCUGGGGAAAAGGCAACCAUCAACAACGUCACGUACCUGUUGAUACACGAGGCCACGCGCUCUCAGCUGGGCAGCGUGGUCACCGUGCGGCUCAUCCCCUGCCUCUACACCCUCGUCUUCCUGGUGGGGCUGCCUUCAAACGGGCUGGCCCUGUGGGUCCUGGUGACCAGGGCUGAGAAGCUGACCUCCACUGUCUUUCUGAUGAACUUGGCUGCUGCAGACCUGCUGCUUAUAUUGGUGCUGCCCUUCAAGAUUUUCUACUAUUUCCUGGGGAACAACUGGCCCUUCGGGGAAGGGCUGUGCCGGCUCACCACAGCCUUCUUCUACGGGAACAUGUACUGCUCAGUGCUGCUGCUCACGUGCAUCAGUGUUGACCGGUACCUGGCUGUGGUGCAUCCUUUCUUUUCACGUUCUUUCCGCACCCCUGCCUUUGCCGCCUUCACCUGCACCGCCAUCUGGCUCUGUGCUGCCAUCCUCACCCUGCCCCUGACUCUGCAGCAGCAGUCGUAUCCCCUGUAUGGAGCAGACAUCACUCUCUGCCACGAUGUUCUCCCCAGGCACGAGGAUGACGGGUAUUAUUUCUACUACUUCAUCUGCCUGAUCGCCUGUGCUUUCCUCACUCCUCUGCUGGUGAUGCUGUUCAGCUACUGCUCUGUUCUGCGAACCCUCCUGGACAGUGGGAAGCGGUACUCCUACUCUAUGAAGCUCACAGCUCUCGUGCUGUUCACACUUGUGGCCUUCUACACACCCAGCAAUGUUCUCCUCCUUGUUCAUUACUCCAGCUAUAACUCCAAGGUGUAUGGCAACCUGUACAUCAGCUACAUGGUGAGCCUGGCCAUCAGUACCUUUAACAGCUGCGCUGAUCCCUUUGUCUACUACUAUGUUUCGGAAGACUUCCGGGAUAAGGUGAGAAGGAGGUUCUUCAGGCACAGAAAACAAAACACCACAUCCUUAAAAACCUCCAAGGAAACACUCCCUCAAAAAAGUUCUAAAGAUUCACUGGUGUAA